AUGCCCGGCUCACUUGGUCGGCAAAUUGAAGCGCUGUGGCGCAAGAACUGGCAAGUUGCUUCUGCUACAGUAGCCACACUGUUCCGAGCUCUACUCUUACCUGCGCUCUACUCCGGUUACCUGAUCGCGACCAAGCAGUUCUACAAUGACAACAACGUCUACUCGGCAGGCGAGGCGAAGCCCAUGCAGCCGCUGCCCACCAACCUGCUUGGCAACAUGCUCGUCGUUGCCGGGGCACCCGACGGUUCCACGGCCCACACCCUUGUGACGACUGCUCUCAGUUCCACAGGCGUCGAUGCCAAUGUGCAGUAUGUCGACGCAGCACAGGACAUUGUCACCAUGUGUCCAGAGAGCUUUGGCGACAUCUCACCUUGCUUUGCCGGACUGGUGUUUGGCGACCUCGACGUUUCCACCGGCACGCUCAACUACACCAUGCGAGGCGACGACGGUCUCACCCAGGUCGACCCAGUCGACCUUGCCAAUGACGACUUUCAGAAGCGCUUCCUCCCCCUCCAGUGGGCGAUUGAGAGCGUGCGUGCGGCAGCCAUGUGGACGUUGCUAACGGUACAGACGUGGAUCAACAUGACGACUGGAACGCUGCCAGACCCUCCACUCGUCUGGGAGUACACGACCGAGACGCAGGAGCAGUACAAAGAGUCGCUGCGCAAGACCUUUGCCAAGAACAUUCGGUCGAUGCUUGUUGUCUCGUACAUUAUCGCCUUCUUCCCAGUCCUGUACACUAUGGCAGGCCGUAUGGCCGCCGAGAGACAGGCCAAGCUCACGGAACAUCUCGCCGUCAUGGGCUGCAGUACACUUGCGCGCAUCGUCUCCUGGCACCUCUCUGUCAGCGCCGUACACCUCCCAGGCUGGGUCGCCAUGGCUUCAAUCUACUAUGUCGGCAUCUUCAAACACUGUGGUGUCGGGGUGGUGAUCGCGACGUUUAUCAUCGCUGGACUCCUUCUGGCCAGUUGGUCAAUGCUCGUAGCUGCCCCGUUCGCACGACACCCUACCAUUGCUGCUAUCAUUUGCUGUGGUGCCGCGCUGUUUCUCUCCAUCUUCGCCCAGCUCAUCGGCUCCAACCUCGGCGCCGAGAUUGUGCUCACCUUCAUCUUCCCGCCAAUGUACAUCAUCUUCUCGCUCAGAACCUUUGGGUCUUGGGAAAUCCCGCCCCUCACGCUCAACGUCGCCAAGAAGAGUCCCGACGGCGACGCUCCCAUCAUUGCGCUGAUGGUGGUCGCUAUCGUUGCCAUCUUUGUGUACCCUUGCUUUGCGGUCUUGGUUGAGCAUCUGCUCUAUGACGUUCGUCCCACUCACGGUAGAGGCUGGUUCUUUGGCAAGCGCCUCGACGACAAUGCCCUUCCGUCUAGCGUUGCCGUCAGCAUCAACCACCUCCGGAAGCGGUACGCGUCGCGGAGGUAUCUGCUCUUUGGCAAGAAGCACGAGACGGUCGCCAUUGAGGACUUGUCCUUUGACAUUCCUCGUUCCCAAAUUUUCUGCCUUUUGGGCCGCAACGGCGCUGCAAAGUCGACGACGCUCAAUGCCAUCUCGGGCUUGGUGAGCACGUCUGGCGGUGCGGUGCGGUACGCCGACGACCUCAAGAUUGGCGUUGCGUCUCAGCAAGACGUGCUCUGGGACGACCUCACGCCCGAGCAGCACGUCCGCCUGUGGCAUGCCAUCAAGCAGGGUGGCAAGUCGAGCAAGCAGGAUCAUCUGGACCUCCUCACCCACUGCGACCUGUCCAAGAAGCUGGGCACGCUCGCCAAGACCCUGUCCGGUGGCCAGAAACGCAAGCUUGCUCUCGCGUGCGCGUUGGCCGGCGGCUCGGACCUGCUCCUCCUCGACGAGGUCAGCAGCGGUCUCGACCCAAUCUCACGCCGCGCCAUCUGGCGCCUCAUUGCUGCCAACCGCGGUACGGCCACUAUUGUCCUCACGACCCAUUUCCUCGACGAGGCAGACUACCUCGGCGACAACAUUGCCAUUCUCAAGGCUCCCGGUCAGCUGCUUGCGGUGGACAGUCCCGUGGCGCUCAAGACGCGUCUUGGCCGCGGCUUCACCAUCGCCCUGACGGACACGCCUGGAGUGGACCCAAUGUCGGUUCUCGACGUUCUUCGUGAGGAGGAUCCCGAGGUUACGUACAAGUAUGGCAAGGGGAGGACAUUCUUCAUUACGGGCAGCAACGACAUUGCCCUUGUUCGCGGCCUGACUGCGCGACUGGAAAAGCUACGUCGGCAACGGCCGAACAUGCACUUCCAAGUCGGCAGCACAACCCUCGAGGAGGUGUUCCUCGACUUGAACGCCGACCCGACGCUGGAGUCAUCCGACGCACCCGGUGCGGACCCCGAGCUUACCGCCACGCGCUCUGCUCUUACCAAGACGGCGUCCGAGGGCACCGACCUGGAGAACAGCACACCGGAACUCGAGCGCACCAUUACAAAGGGACAGCUGUUCCUGACUGCCGGACGCAAACGACCUUGGGUGCGCAACGAGGUGGAGAUGGCCAUAUCGGUCGCGCACAAGCGUUUCCUCAUCCUGCGCCGGUCUUGGAUCAUGCCGGCCUUGGUCAUCAUUGCUGCCGUCUGCGCUGCCUGUGGACCACUGUCGUUCCUCAAGAACCGUGAUUCGUCCUGUGCCAACGCCGUGACUGUCGAAAAGAUCCACCCAAUGGUGUACCCAGCGAGCGAGUACGUGGGUCUCCGUGCCCCGCCUCUCAUCUCCCUGGGCGGGAUCUCGUCUCUUUCCAACUGGUCCCAGUCGAUUGGAACGUUUGAAAGUGUUCCCGACAAUGCCACGUUUGGCGCAACCCUUCAAGCUCAGCGGUUCAACCUGACGUUUGGCGGCAUGUCCCUCUUCCCCUUGCCGAGCAAGGACAACAUUGUGGCCUUUGAGGGCACCGAAAUUCAGGUCAAGGGCCUGGCGGCCAUGAACCUCUUCACCAACGCGGUCAUGCAGCAGCUCAAGCCCAGCGACGAGGCGUUCCGCAUCGCCACCAACUGGCAGUUUAUCCCGUCCCCGUACACUUCUGGGUUUGGCAAGGCCACGCUCUGGGUCGUCUUCUUUGGCCUUGCCAUGGCCCUGUGGCCGACCUUCGCAGCCAUCUACCCGACGUGGGAGAAGGCCUCCCAAGUGCGCGCGAACCAGUACAGCAACGGCGCAAAGCCGGCUGGACUGUGGCUUGGCCACUUAUUUUUCGAAUUCCCAGUUAUUAUUUUUAUUCCGACACUCCUCACGAUCGUGUUUGCGGCCCUCGGCAAAUUCCACGGUCUCGGCGUGCUAUGGCUCGUCAUAAUAUUGUACUCUAUUGCGCAGGUACUGUGGGCGUUCAUGCUCUCGCUGCUGUUCAAGAACCCGCUGGCGGCGUGGGCAGCCACGGCAUUCUUCAACGCCGUUUGCUUCAUCCUUUACUUCACCAUGUACUUUCUCCUCUUGUCAUACGACAAGAGUCCCAACGCCGACACGCACCUGACCUACGCGCACUACGGGUUCGCCGCCAUCAACCCCAUUGGCAGCCUAAUGCGCGCGGCCUUUGCGUCGCUCAACCUCUUCAAACUGCUCUGCGACGGCGCCGGCAACCCGACGAAAAAGAACCUGGGCGACAUAUCCCUCUUUGGCGCUCCGAUCCUGUACCUCUUUGUCCAGGCCUUGUUCGCGUUCCGCGUCUGCGUCUGGGUCGAUUCCGGCAAACCUGCGCCACUGUUCUUCCGUCACAUUGCGCGUGGGCUGCGCAGUUUCCGGCACACGCCGCGGCUUCGCUCAGACGAGCGCGUGCAGCCCGACAGCGACGUGCUCGAGGAGAAGCAAAGGAUCGAGUAUGGCACCGCCAACGACACGGUCAUGGUGCGCGGCCUGACUAAAAAGUUUGGCAAGCUUCCCGUGCCUUCUGUCGACGACGUGUCGUUUGGCGUCGAGCAAGGUGACACGUUUGCCCUCAUCGGGCCGAACGGCGCAGGCAAGACGACGACGCUGGCCUGUAUCCGCGGCGUGGAGAGGCCGACGCGCGGCGAAGCUAUUGUCACUGGCUACUCUAUUGUUACGGAUCGAAACAAGGCACGGUCGUCGCUCGGUGUCUGCCCGCAGGUCAAUGCUCUCGAUGCCAACUUGACCGUCUUCCAGCACUUGUGGCUGUACGGCCGUCUCAAGGGUGUGCCCCGGUCCGCACUGAAGCGUGACAUCGAGGUGCUGCUCGCCGUGUCGGGCCUGACUGCCAAGACGGACGAGCUGGCACCGGCUCUGUCUGGAGGUAACCAGCGCAAGCUGUCGCUCAUGAUAGCGCUUAUCGGCGAUCGACCGGUGAUUCUUAUCGACGAGUUUUCGAGCGGCGUGGACCCUUUCAGCAAGCGCGAGGCAUGGCGUGCGCUUGCGUCGCUCACGGCCGAACGUGCCGUCGUGAUGACGACACACUCCAUGGAAGAGGUUGACGCGCUCGCGUCGCGCGUUGGGAUCAUUGCGGCCAAGAUGCUCGCUGUUGGAACGCCAGCAUCCCUCAAGUCGCGCUUUGCGACGUACGAGGUGCACGUCAACGCUGAGCAAGUCGAGCCAGUCAUAGGCUACCUCCAGGGCCACGCGUUGCCAGCGCACCGCUCGUUCGACACCGUCACCCGCCUCUCGGUCCCUGGUAUCAAAGAAGACGAGCUCGACUCGUUCCUCGGUGUCCUGGAGGGGGCACAGCUUGCGCUCGGGUUGGUGGAGAUGACAGUACACGAGUAA